AUCUCUUGCAACAAGAAAUAUCUUGGAUACACGCUUGAGAUGAACAAUGGCGAGAUUCCUUCAUCAGAAGGCGAUCCCGAGGAGCAGUUUGUCAUGACGACUGCGUUCGGACAGAAGAUCAAGAUCGCCAUGCCGCAGCAGAAGUUCAAGGGCGAGGGUGGCAGCAAGAACUGCUUCGCCUACGCUACUCACCAGAGCUACCAGAUACCGGCGCAAUCUCCUACACUGGUUGAAAAGUACGGCGACUCGCCUAUCCUCAGGCCGCACGAGGUAAGCAACGAGGGUCUUCACGUUGCGAUGGAUCGCGAAGAGGCAAUUUUUAUCGGCAGGACCUCAGACAUAAUCAAGGAAGAGUUGUCCAAAGAGCUUCCCAUUGUGGAGGGGCGCUCGUACUACAUCGUCGCUGUCUUCGUCACUCCCGGCGAGGAGUAUCACUUCUGGGGCCUGUGGAACAAUGGCUGGUAUUGCGUGUCAUCAAAGAUCAGCGCGGUGGCGCAGGAUUUGGGCUACUUCUCCAAUCCCAGCAAGCAGUGUCCUAUGGGCUCCGUGUUCACCCUCAUGAAGUCCAAGAAUCCCAAGUACAGCCCCGACCUGGGCGGCUUUUGGCUCUUCCCGUGCCGCAGCCAGAGCUGGCUAUUCGAGACCUGCUGGUAG